GGGGCGUCCCGGCUGAGAGUUUGGUGAGGCCUAGGCCCUGACUGCAGCUCCGUAGGGGUCGCGCUCACCGCGCUGAUCCAUGGUGGUGUCGGGGUCGCACUAGCCCUCGAAACCUCGGAGCACUCAGAACUUGCGAUCCGGCUGCGCCUCAAGUGCUAUGGCCGCCAUCGCGGGCUUCAGAACCGUCGGGGCAAAGAGGCCCGGGUGGCUCCUGCGCGGCCUCUGGGACUCGCUCCCUGCCCGCUUCUGCAGCCGAGAGCCCGCCAGGGUCGCGCGGCCAGAGCCGGAGGCGCCGCGGCAGGGGGACGGCAUCAGGAACAUUGUCUUGAGCAAUCCAAGGAAGAGGAAUGCACUGUCACUUGCAAUGCUGAAAUCUCUCCAGAAUGACAUUCUUCAUGAAGCUGACAGCAAAGAUCUAAAAGUCAUUAUAAUUUCAGCUGAAGGGCCUGUAUUUUCUUCUGGACAUGAUUUAAAGGAACUGACGGAGGAGCAAGGCCAUGAUUAUCAUGCAGAAGUAUUUCACACCUGCUCUGAGGUCAUGAUGCUGAUCCAGAACCAUCCAGUCCCCGUCAUUGCCAUGGUCAAUGGCUUGGCCACAGCAGCCGGUUGUCAGCUGGUGGCCAGCUGUGACAUUGCUGUGGCGAGCGACAAGUCAUCUUUUGCCACUCCUGGGGUGAACGUAGGCCUCUUCUGUUCCACCCCCGGGGUUGCCUUGGGAACAGCGGUGCCUAGCAAGGUUGCCUUGGAGAUGCUGUUUACUGGGGAGCCCAUUUCUGCUCAGGAGGCCUUGCUCCACGGGCUCCUCAGCAAAGUGGUGCCAGAAGAGCAGCUGGAGGAAGAGACCAUGAGAAUAGCGACAAAGAUUGCCUCCUUGAGCCGUCCUGUGGUGUCUUUGGGCAAGGCCACCUUUUACAAGCAGCUGACCCAGGACCUUAGAACAGCCUACUGCCUCACCUCCCAGAGCAUGGUGAACAACCUGGCCCUACCAGAUGGGCAGGAGGGAAUCAAGGCCUUCAUCCAGAAGAGAAAGCCCAACUGGUCACAGUGAGCCACCGGUAACAGCCUCCUUCACCAGAGGGCGGAAGGAGGAGUGAGCCCAGUGGGCAGCUCUCAGGAAGCCCCCUCCCUUACCUUUUGAUUCCCACCCACCACUGCUGCCUCUUGACGGAGGAAGACAGCCUGCUUUUGUCACAGUCCGAAGUGGGUUUAUGUGGGUUUCAUAGCAGGUGGUCUGUUUUAAAAGUCCUGAGUCCUUGGGGAAAGGGUGAAAUGGAAAAGAAAUGACAUGCUGAUUUCAAAAGAGGAUUAGUGAGGAUGCAGGGUGAGUGAGCUAUGGUGGAAAGGCUGGUCUAGUGCUUGUUAUGCUUCUUCACAGCCUUGAAAGUGAAUGACCACCCUCACUCGGGGGAAGGCAAUGCCCACGGAAGGAUGCCAGCUUGACUCUUCUCAGAAAUGUCCUCCAAAGUAGGACUAAUUCUGGUUGCUCAAGAGAGGUGAAACAUUUCAAAUCUCCACAAGAUAGGUCUCCACACUGCAGAUCUUCUUGAUUCUAUUGAGAAAUAAUCAUGUCUAUGGCUUUGGAAUAAUCUUAUGUGAUUUCAGUAGAUUAAAUAUUUAUAGAGACUGGUCAUUUUAUCUUGCAAACUAGACUGUAAGCUGUUUGCUAAAAGAAAAAAAAAUAAAGGAAUAUUUCUCUGUA